AUGGCUACGGAGGUGAAGACCGACGUAGCAAAACGGAAGAAGCGAACCGUGUCAGAACGUGAGAAAAAGAAAAGCGCUGCCAAAGCCGAAACGAAAGAAGAGGAAGGCACUACGCGAGAUAUCAAAACUGUCCAGAAGAAAAAACCGGAUGAGUAUGACUAUGAUUCUUCGGAUGAAGAGGUGAGUUCUUUGAAUUUUAACAGUUUUCUGAUAAAUGGCUUGUCAUCUUGA